AUGCUGGAAGACGAGAAGGUCUUAUUUUACACGGGGUUGCCAACUUUGAAGCUUCUAGAUGCUGUCUAUGAACAUGUUGCCCCACAUGUCACAAGAAGAUCUCUUACACUGACAAAAUAUCAGGGACUCGUUUUGGCCUUGAUUAAACUAAGACUUAAUGUGCCAUAUCAAGACCUGGCCUACCGAUUUGAUGUAUCUGGAUCUUGGAUCACAGUCAUGGAAGUUAGACUUCAACCACUUAUCUACUGGCCAGAAAGAGAAGAAUUGUGGCAUACAAUGCCUCAAAGCUUUCAGUACUCUUUUGGGAACAAGACCACUGUCAUAAUAGAUUGUUUUGAGAUAUUCAUAGAAAAGCCCACUAACCUCUUAGCAAGAGCACAAACCUUUAGCUCUUACAAGCACCACAAUACGGUGAAAGUCUUGAUUGGUAUUACUCCUCAAGGGAGCAUUUCUUUUGUUUCAAAGGCAUGGGGAGGACGUACCUCAGACAAGUUUUUGACUGAAAAUUGUGGUCUUUCAAACAAACUCAUGCCAGGAGAUCUUGUUAUGGCUGAUCGCGGCUUCACAAUACAUGAAAGCAUUGCCUUCAAAGGGGCUAAACUUGUCAUGCCUGCCUUUACUAAAGGCAAGAGUCAGUUAGAUCCAAUAGAUGUAGAGAGCACCAGAGGAAUUGCAAACGUUAGGAUCCAUGUGGAGCGUGUUAUUGGGUUACUAAGGAACAAGAGCAUUCAUCUCUGCACCAGAAGGAAACGGUACUUCAGGCACUGA